AUGUUUUGGCUCGUAGGUCAAAGCGAGCUCGACGACGACGAAAAUGAAAUCCUUGGCGUGGAUUGGGUUCUACAUUAUGAAUUUGGGGAAAUAGAUCAAGAUCAAGCCGUUUCGGAGUUUCAUAUGCUCAUGCAAGACAUGAGCGAGGCUGGUCUUCGUGUUCAAGUUCGACAUGGACAUGGCAUGUCGCUUCUUAUCUGUAUCCGGGUACCGCGAGACCAUCUAGGGAAGAUGAUCUACCAGUCGAGGGUUAAAGAUUGGUUAUUUGAGAUCGCUUAUACUUUACCCGUUGGAAAUAGUGAUACGACUGUCACUGCUGAAAUGCCUGCAGAAGAAAUUAGAUCGAUCUUUCACGCUGUCACCUGGCCGAAAGAGCUCGGUGGAGCUGGCAUCACGCCUAAUCAUGGUAAAUGGAAGAACAUCACCGCUUCGUUCCCUUUACAUGAUCAAGAAGCCUGCUCGCAGUUGCUACAUUCAUUGAGUGACAGAGCGGCCCUAUCGACUCAGGACCUGGAUAAAAUUCGGGCACUUUUUGGCGAAAGGGUGGCUUUCUACUACGAAUUCAUUUAUUGUUACUCGCUGGCGCUAAUUGUGCCAACUGUACUGGGGAUAUUUAGCUGGAUUUAUUUGGGGCCGUACUCUAUUAUCUAUGGCAUUACACUCUGCAUCUGGUGCAUAGUCUUUGUGGAAUACUGGAAGAUCCGUGAGACGGACCUGAGUAUGAGAUGGGGAGUGAAGGGCGUUGGAGGACUCAAAGUUGACCGGGCACAAUAUACAUGGGAAAGGGAGGUACAGGACCCUUUGACCGGCCAAGUGACAAAGGUCUUCCCAACCUGGAAGCAAUUCCUCCGACAACUUCUGCUCGUUCCAUUGACAUCAGUGGCAGCUGUUUCACUGGGAAGCUUGAUUCUGGUGAAAAUUGCGUCAGAGGUAUUUAUCGCCAAUUUUUAUAAUGGAUCGUUCAAGGAGUAUGUUCAGUUCCUGCCUAUAAUCCUCUUCUCGCUAUCUUUGCCAGCCAUCACUUCCUUCAUCACUACCAUCGCGACCCGCCUGACAGAUUACGAGAACUACCGAACGCAAGACCAGUAUGAUCUAGCCCUAGCCCAGAAAACCUUCGUGAUGAACUUCAUCACCUCAUUUCUACCAACAAUCAUAACAGCAUUCGUCUACGUGCCGUUUGGCAGAUCCAUCGCCCCACAACUCGGAUUUAUCCACAUCGACAAAGAGCUUCAGGUGGACACAUCGCGAUUCCAACAAGAAGUGAUCUACCUCUCUAUGACAGGCCAAGUGUUCAAAUUUAUCGAAGAGAUCCUCUGGCCCUACGCAAAACGCGUCCUGUGGCAAAAAUACCGCAACUACCAAGACCGCAAGAUGGGAAUUCACCGCAAACGCAGUCACUCCCGAACAACUGACAGCCUCUUAAUCGACUCAAUAGACGAGACCUCUUUCCUCCGCCGCCUUCGUAGCGAAGCCGACGCUGAUACUUACAAAGUGGGAGAAAAUAUCCUAGGAGUGUGCGUACAAUUUGGCUACCUAGCCUUCUUCGGUGUCGCAUGGCCUCUAGUCCCACUAGGCCUCCUGUUGAUUAACUGGCUCGCACUCCGCGGCGACUUUUUCAAACUGACACUAAAAUGCCAACGCCCACCACCAAUCCGUGCAGACUCAAUAGGUCCCUGCCUCCUAGCCCUAGACCUCCUAGCCUGGCUGGGAACCAUCUCAACAGCAACGAUAAUCCAAUUAUACCGCCGCCCAAUCGCACAAGUCCGCCUCUUCUCCCUUCUCCUAACCCUCCUCUUAGCUGAACAAGCAUACCUCGCAAUCCGCUUUACAGCAGCGCGAGUCCUAAAAAAGAUCUUCGCAGACACACUGCACAGAGAAGAAACCGUGCGCUACGCCGUCCGGAAACAGCUCCUCGAAGUUGCGCGAGGGAAAAAUGGUUCGCACGCGUCACCAGUCAAAAGGAAGGUCCGUUUUGACGAGAAGGUUGAUGUCUACUUGUCAGAUACGGCUUCUUUCGAGGAUGAUGAGUCGUCUUCGCCGACGGCUGAGCAGCCGCAGAACGAGAGGCUGGGUGGUUCGGAUCGAGAGGCGAAGUUUUGGAAUAAUAAGUUGUAUGAGACUGCUGAUGCCGGUGUUAGACUUAUCCAGACUCUCUACUCGGUGCAAAAGGAUGAGAAGAAGAGGGUUCAAAAUGCAUAA